GGGACGGAUGUGAUUAAAUGGGCUCGGAUUGGACAGGAUGGGCUGGCAGGCUGGCCAAACCAGGUUGGGACGGCAAAAGAUGAUUGCUCAGUUGGCCAGAUAUGGUUGGUGAAUUCUGAUCCGGUGUCGUGGUUUUGCUUUGGUGCUUUGGGUGCCGUCUCAGUACCGUUCCUGGCGAUCGGUGGUAGCCCGUCCAUGUCGACCUUGGACCAAGAUGUCGACAAUGUUGGCGGCUGGCACCCGACUGAGACCUGCGAUUGUCCUGCACGCUGCCUGACAAGUGUGUUUGUACUCUGCAUAUCCAAGGCAGAUGGGGAUUUGCAAUAA